AUGCAGCAUCAUCCCCACCACUCGCAGGGUCCGGCGCCUCCCCAGCACCUACAGCAUCCUCGGCCCUCGAGUAUCGUUCACCAGCAGCAUCACCAGGCGCCGCAACAGCCGUCGCAACACCCUUCCGCGUACUCGUCAACACAUUCGAUCCAGCCAGCUUAUCAGCAGACUGGACACGCACCGAGUGCUCAGCACGCGCAAGAUCUGCCCUACUACGCUCACCAGAGCCCUUACAGCACUCCAGGCACAACGAGCGGAUAUACAUCCGCAGACACCUCCGAUAUGAUGGCCGCAGCUCAAAUGCCUAGACCAUAUCCUCCGAUGUCUUACCAUACGCCCCAAUCGAACUCGCCAGCUUCUGUCGCGUCGCCAUCAGGUCACGAACAACACCGAAGUAUCUAUGGUCAGCCAGCAUCGCAGCUACAGCCUCAAUCGAUGUACUAUGGCGCGCAACAACCGCAAUACUCGUCUCUGCCGCCGCAAGCUCCCUCCCCGUACCAACAGCACGCUCAACAGCCACAUCAACCUAUGGCCUCGCAGCCAAACAUGAUGAUGUCUCACACGGGCCCGCAGCAUCAGAUGACGCAGCAUGCAAGCCAACACGCGCAACCCGGGAUGACGGGAAGCCCUCGGCAUACUAAGAUGGAGCCUCAGAUGUCCUCGCAACUACAACGGCCCACGCCCGGACCCUUAGGAACUUCCCAGCCAGCUCAAAAUGGCGGACAAUUAUCAACUCCUACCGGGUCAUCAACGCCUGGGGUUAACAAUAAUGCAGCACCGGGGCCGAUUCCAGCGACUACUCCGCUGGUCGUGAGGCAGGAUAAUAACGGUGUGCAGUGGAUUGCCUUCGAAUAUUCCCGCGACCGGGUAAAGAUGGAAUACACGAUUCGCUGCGAUGUUGAGUCAGUAAACACGGACGAGCUUAGCAGCGAGUUUAAGACGGAAAACUGUGUCUAUCCCAGAGCAUGCUGUCCCAAAGAUCAGUACAGAGGGAAUCGGUUGCAGUAUGAGACUGAAUGCAACACCGUUGGUUGGGCAUUGGCCCAGCUCAAUCCAUGCCUCCGCGGGAAGAGAGGGCUUAUCCAGAGAGCUGUCGACAGCUGGCGGAAUAGCAAUCAAGAUCCUCGGUUGCGAAGUCGACGCGUGCGCCGAAUGGCCAAGAUGAACAAUCGCAAGGCGGUUCAGACUCCCCACUCCACACACAUGUCCGGUCCCAGUGGCCCGGCAGGGAUGUCAACCCCUGGGGCCAUUGGCCCUGGUGGCGGUACGCCCAUGGGGAAGCCUGGGAUGAGUAACAUGGGUCCUGCGAUGCACCAUCACCACGCCCACGAAGGAGGUGCUCAGGGUGGAGGAGAUGAAGUCGGGGAUGGAGAGUAUGUGGAUGGAUCUCAUCAUCACCAUCAUCAAGCACCCACCGGGCCGGGAUCUAGAAGCCAAGACGACGUCCGCCCGGCUCAAGUUUUUACUGGCUAUCCCCAACAGUACCCUAGCCACCCCGUCUCGGGAUCGUCCAUGCCGCCGAUCCAUGAUGGACUUGGCGCUUCUCACCACAACACCAUCGUAGCUCGACGCAUGAGCAGAGAUGAUGACAAAAACCCGGAAGGCUUGUUUCCUGAUAUUCCCGAUGCUAAGAAGCGCAAGUUUAUACUGGUUGAGGAUAAUAAACGCAACUCUCGCCUUCGUGUACGCGUCACCCUUGAAGAUGUGAAUCCUAAAGAGAUACCCGAUUCAUUUCGCAAGAGUUCGGCUGUAUUUCCACGCAGUUAUUUCCCACGUGAAAUGCAAAGCCCACCUCCGAGCGCCACGGGUAGUCAAUUUUUCGAAGAUGACCUUAGCGACGACAACGUUGAAGUUGACGGCGGGCGAGCCAGGCAUGCCCGUAGGGGAAAUGUAAGAGAACGGGUCAUGGUGAAAGCGCCAAUGUCUGAUGGAAACGAGGCCGAGGUUGCUAUACCGAGGAUCAAAAGGGGCACGCGUAUAAAGGAAGUACGACUCAACGACCUAGCUUACCGCAUGGCGUGGAUGCAUAGCCGUGUGUUUGCGGGCAGGACCGUCUUCCUACAGCGAGCACUUGACUGUUACCGUAACAAGACUUGCACCGCAAUCGAAGGCAUGGCGCAAGACAUGAAGACCAUGGUACCCCACUACGAAACCCGUGUUGGCAAGCGAAGAUGGGGCGAGCGAAUGCGUCGUGGCGAGAAACGAGACGACGAGUCCUAG